AUAGCUAUCAAUUUUGUGUCUGCUUACAAAAAAGCUGAUCAUACCUAGACCAUGUCAAGGGAACGUUGUGCUUGAGUUAGAGUUCGCAAUGAAUCCUUGACUAUAUCUUGAUAUUCUUCAAAACGCCCAACUAUCAUUUCGUUCUUGAACCUUGAGAAGCCAAUGUCACCUAAUCAAGCUUCUUCGAGCAAGCCGGAUACACUUACAGUCCGGGAGCCAGUCCGAACAGAAAACAACAAGUUCUACCUCUUUGCAUUGGUUUUCUCUAUCAAUGAGUCAGGCGCUUUACCAGUGGCUAUGAGUAAUCCAUACAUUGGAGACAGACUCCUAAUCUUCACCAGUGUCUUCGCUAGCAUUCAGGUAUUCUUCGUCGCUCUCAGGUUAUUGACCCGAAUUCAGUUUCCCAAAGCUUGGGGUUGGGAUGAUGUUGUCAUUCUCAUUGCGCUUGCUGGUCAAUUGGGAAUCGCGGGAGCUACUAUUGGCUAUGUGCAACGAACUGGCAUUGGCUACCACCAAGAAUACCUAAAUGAAAACUACCCCGAAAAAGUCAUCGUCGGACUCAGAUACCUCUUCGCAAUCCAAGUUCUGUACAACUUCUUCUUCAACGUCCCCAAAUUCGCCAUUCUCCUUCUUUAUAAUCGCAUCUUUCCACCGCCUCUCCGAAUCAACACCCUCGUUCGCGUAAUGAUGGUUUUCCUCAUUCUGCAAACAAUCGCAAACACGCUUGCUGAGUUUCUAAUUUGUGAUUCGCAUUUCACGAACUUUGAUAACUACGUUAGAACCACCUGUAUCAGUCGACAGACGUUUUAUGUUUGGGGCACUUUCCCCAAUAUCAUCAGUGAUGUUAUCAUCUUGGUGCUUCCGAUGACGAUGAUCUUGCGGAUGCAUAUGGAGACUCGGAUGAAGAUCGGGUUGGUAGUGACCUUUUUGUUAGGGAGUCUUGGUUUAACAACAUCAAUCCUCCGUUUCGCAUACUUCUAUCAAGAAGUCUCAAUGACAGACUACAGUUGGAACGCCAUUAACCUAAUGAUCAUCACCCAAGCCGAGACGGGGACAUACCUGAUCUGCUCCUGUCUCCCAACCUACCGCCGCUUCUUUCUCAAUUGUUCAUUUCGAGGGAAGAACCAUGCACACAUCACCACGUUCUAUGAAUAUAAUAAUUGCAACAGCGCCAGCACACCACAGAAACAACCCACUUCCCAAAGAGCAGAUAGUCCGACGAGUAAUGGACGACUGCAGUAUAUGAAUGAUACAUACCUUCUAACGUUCGUACCGAGCAAGGAGACUCAAGAUCAUUCCUAUGCUAGUUCAUCAUUGAAUUUUAGACGGUCGUCUAGCAGGUUAAGGGAAAUGCAUAGCAAUACUCCAACCGGCCAAUAUUUUCAUCAUGAGCACAACUAG